AUGGGUGCUAACUAUAUUCAAUCUCCGGCUGAUAACACAUUAUUUGUCAGAGUGACUUCUACAUCUUUUGUUGCUGUGCUGGUAUAUGUGGAUGAUAUAAUGAUAGCCAGCAACAAUGAUGCAGCCGUUGAGAGUCUGAAGAUGCUUCUCAGGUCAGCUUUUCAAAUCAAAGACCUUGGUCCAGCAAGAUUUUUUUUGGGACUUGAGAUUGCAAGAUCUUCUGCUGGUAUCUCUAUUUGUCAGAGAAAAUAUGCCUUAGACUUAUUAGCAGAUACUGGUUUAUUGGGUUGUAAGCCUAGUACUAUUCCGAUGGAUUCGAAUCUUCAUCUUACAAAGGAUCUCGGAACACCUCUACAUACACCCUUGGCAUAUAGAGCUUUAGUUGGUCGACUGCUCUAUCUUACCAUUACCAGACCGGAUAUUACUUUUGCUGUGCAUCAGUUGAGCCAGUUCUUAUCAGCCCCAACGGACAUUCACCUUCAAGCAGCACAUAAAGUACUUAGGUAUAUCAAGAAUAAUCCAGGCCAAGGAUUGAUGUACUCUGCUAAUACAGAAUUAUGCUUGAAUGCCUUUGCUGACGCUGACUGGGCCACUUGCAAAGAUACCAGACGUUCGGUCACAGGAUUUUGUGUCUAUCUUGGUACUUCUCUUAUCUCCUGGAAAUCGAAGAAACAAUCAGUUGUGAGUAGGAGUAGUACUGAAGCAGAGUAUAGAAGUUUGGCGUUAGCAACUUGUGAAUUGAUUUGGUUGCAACAACUUCUACGAGAUCUUCAUGUUACAGUCACAUGUCCGGCAAAGUUGUUUUGUGACAACAAGUCAGCCAUUCAUAUCGCCUCAAACCCAGUUUUUCAUGAACGGACGAAGCACAUAGAAAUCGAUUGUCAUACGGUGCGAGAUCAACUCAAGUUUGGGAAUCUCAAGACCAUUCAUGUAUCUACUGGUAAUCAACUAACUGAUAUACUUACCAAACCACUUCAUCCUGGUCCAUUUCGUUCUUUAUUGGAUCGUAUGAAUGUAUCAAGUCUUUAUCUUCUUCCAGAUGAUCAGAAGCUAACGACUUGA